GUUAACUAAAUUAUGCUAUUGAGAACAAAAAAAGAAUUAAAUUGGUAUUUUAUUUAGAUCAAGGAUGUGACAUGAAUGAGAACAUUGAAUACUCUUAUAAGUUACUGGAAUAAUAACAUUAGAAUGUCUUUAUACAAUUGCAUAUACAGAGACAAUGAGCCUAACCAAUCAUAUUAAUGCGCGUGAAAUCAUUUUUAUGUUACAAGAUCAAGGACUAAUGCUUUUGCAUAAACUGUAUGUAGAUAAAGAUAUUUUGUGUAAAAAUUGGUGGGUUAUUAUCGGUGUAACAAUGAGACAUCAUUUGAUAGACUAUGACUUCUUUGACUGUGUAACGGUGUUAUUGGUAUAUAUAAGCGCGAAAAAUAUUUUUUUUAUCCUUCUUCUUAAUCAUGACCAUUAAUUGUCCUUCACGGUACAAACAAUAUAAAAUAGAACAAAGUGAAACUGGAGUUGGCAAGUUUUUCAAGGAACAUAAUGCUAUUGAUUGGUGUUUGUAUAACUAUUCAAAUUUCCACAGAAGUGUUCACCAAAAUAUUGCAAGUAAAUUGAAGCGGAAGUUUCAUGACGAUCCUGAAAAGAUCAAAAAGUUACAACAUGUACCUAUUGAAAUCAAAAAAUUUAUUGGAGAAUUAGAAAAUGACAAAAACAUGAAAAAUAUCAAGAAGCAGAAGAAAGAAGAAGGCAGUACUGUGAACAACUUCCACAACUCAACCAUUGGUGUAGCUGGAGAGAAUAAUGGAAGUGUUGUUUUAAAUAAUAUUGCCAGAAAAAGAAAGGCUGAAGAAGAAGUAGAAGAAGAAGAAGAAGAAGAAAAAGAAGACAAAGUGAAUAGUAAUGGUGAUGAUAAUGUAUUGGUGAUUGAUACCAGCGAAGACUCUAUCAAUCCAGCAUUGAGACCUUUAUAUGAACAUGUUUAUAAAGUAUUCCAAGGGAAAGACGUCGAUAUAAGUGAUAUCAAGCGUAUAUACCACGGAGACACCAUACAGGACAAAAUGUAUAAAUUUUGUUAUGACAGUUUCCCUGAAUAUACAAGUAUGACAAAGAAAUACCAAAUGAAAGUAUCCAAAAAAGCUUUCGGUCAUAAAUCAUUGAAGAUUGACGAAGUGGAUGUUAAACAAUACAUUAUCAAAUUAAAACAAGUAUAUUUGGAAGAUGGAAUUGAUGGCUUGAGAUCUGAAAUUGUCAAGCAAAAGUAUGAAAUAAUGUCAGAAAAAAGUUUCAAGGAUUGUAUUGUGAAUAUGAAGUAUUUGAUUUUGGAAAUGAUGGAAAUCAUAUUGAAUGAAGUGGAGUUCGGUGUCUGCAAAAGUAAUACCAACGAGAUUAACUACCUUGUAUACUGGAAGAGUAUUUUUUCUGUUGCUUUUCGUGGAGCAAAUGUAAUACUGAGAAUUGGAGAAACUAACAGUACUGGAACAAAGUUUGACAGAAUGUUAAAUGAAAUGGAGUUCGGAGAAACAUCUGCGUACGUUUCUGGCCGCAAAGUAGACAUGAUUGUAGAAACGAAAACGGUCAAUAUUAAGAACGUUACAAUCACCGUUGAACUAUCAAAUGCGGAGUUCAAGAAGAUGGAUGUUGAAGAUGACUUCAUCACUAUUCAACAGAAUAAAAAUAUACGUACAAGCAAAAGUAUAUUGUCAAAUAUAUUUCCUUUAGAAGGACACAACACUGUUAUUGGCAUGAAUUUUGUGGGACUUUCCGGAUACUUUUUCAAUGCCAAUUUCAUUGAUGCUGCUGUGUUUGUAAACAAAGUUGCGGAUGUAUACCUUCCUGGGAACGAUGUAGAUCUUAUGGACUUUAUGGAUGACUGCGAAACCAUAUUGAGCAUUAUAUUCGCAUACAAGAAAUACAUGGUAAACCAAGCUGAAGAAGUUAAUAGAAAGUAUCAAGCUUUAAGAAGAAGAAGAUUGGUGGCCAGUAUAGAAGAAAAAAGUGAAAACUUCCCCCCCACCUUCUACUCUCCCAAACGUUAA